AUGGCAGCCCCGAGGUUGGUGCUGUCACUGCUGGUCGCAGCUCUCCUGCUGCACGUGGCCACCACGCUGAAGAUUGGUGCCUUCAACAUCAGAGCCUUUGGGGACACCAAGAUGGCCAACCAGACCGUCGCAAACAUCAUCGUCUCUAUCCUGUCGGAGUACGACGUUGUGCUGGUGCAGGAGGUGCGGGAUGCCGACCUGAGCGCUGUCAAUGACCUCAUGGAGCAGCUCAACAGUGCUGGGAAACACCCCUAUGACUUUUUGAUCAGCGUCCCCCUGGGUCGGGGCACCUACAAGGAGCAGUACCUCUUCAUCUACAGGUCAGACAUGGUCUCCGUGCUGGGAAGCUACUACUACGAUGAUGGCUGUGAAUCCUGUGGGACCGACACCUUCAGCAGGGAGCCCUUCAUUGUGAAGUUCUCCUCACCCACCACACGUGAGCAGAGCCCACCUUGGGGGAUGCCCAGACCUGGCACAGGGACUGCACCAAGCCAGGGGCUGAUGGUCAGCUGUCCUGCAGAGGUGCAGCAGUUCGUGUUGGUGCCUCUGCAUUCGGAGCCCAGCCACGCAAGACAGGAGAUUGACGCGCUUUAUGAUGUCUACACCGAUGUCAUCAACAAGUGGGGGACAAAUGACAUGAUCUUCCUGGGUGAUUUCAACGCUGACUGCUCCUAUGUGACGAGCUCCCAGUGGCCGUCCAUCCGCCUGCGCUCCCUGAGCGCCUGCGAGUGGCUGAUCCCCGACAGCGCCGACACCACCGUGGCCGACACCGACUGCGCCUACGACCGCAUCGUGGCCUGUGGCACCGCCCUGCGCCAGGACAUUGAACCUGGCUCCGCCACCGUCAACAACUUUCAGAGGAAAUUCCAGCUCCAGCUCAAGGAUGCUUUGGCUGUCAGCGACCAUUUCCCAGUGGAGGUGACCCUGAAAGCCCUCUGA